AUGGGUGAGGCAAUGAAAGGAAAUCGUGCAAGAGUUUCAGGAAAUCGUGCAAGAGUCUCUGAGGUCAUGGGAGUUUCAAUUGAUGAUUCUUUGGAAGGAGAUGAGGAAGAGCAAGAGACCUUGACGAGAUCGCUGGUGAAUGCUCCAUCUGGUGCGGUGGCAGCACCAGUAGCAAAGAACAAGGUGGUGCAAGUUGAGGCGGCCGGAGCUUGGGACGGUGGGAGAAUAUUUAGUGAUCUUCAGGCAAGGCUGGAUAACCUUCGAAAAAAGUGA